AACAAAACAAAACAAAACAAAACAAUACGACACUAAGAAGGACACUCAAGUCCACCCUAGUAGUUCUUGCUUGAUCGCUCUUCGUCAUACCAUCUGUAUCUACUCCUUGACGAACAUAAUCUGUACCAACCAACCCAAACUCAUCAUGAAGUGGUCCCUCAACCUUCUACCUUUAGGCCUCCUUACAUCAUUCACCUUUGCUGCGCCCGUUGCCGAACGGCAACUUGACCUCUACCAGUUUCAGAUCUCCUGCCCAGCAAACAAGAAUGUCGAUGGUCGAUUCCUCUCGAUAAGCAACGCUACCUUGGGCGUCUUCGAUGAGGCCACUGUCGACCCCGUAAGAGUCUAUGCUACCGAAAGCGAGAGAAAUGGCUGCAGCGAGCUACACACGUACCCCGUGGGCAUCGUCGACCACUCCAUCGGCCUCGUCGGCCAGCCUAGCUUGCUGACUCUCGUGGAUAUGGUGAACCCUCGUGAGGCUGAGCCAAACGUAGGAGAUGUUACCCUCUUUAACACUUUCCGCCUCACGGAUGGAAAGCUCACCAAUGAUAUUGAGGGCCAAUGGAUGGCCUUCCCCGGCUCCGGCAACAGUUGGAAGGUAAAAUGGUCUGACGGUUCUGCUGUUAUUACUGCAGACUUCAUGAUGGUUGAUAUUCUGUACAAGAGCGCCGGUGAGGGUCGCUACAAUGGAGACUGAAAAAGCAACUCACGCUAAAAGUUGAUUUAAAAGGGGGGAGGGGAAAAGAUUAACGGCUAGGUGCUUAAGUAUUUACCUAUGAUGCCUAAAAUGGUCACUUUUACUGGGUUUUCUUGAUACCUACUUCAGUCUAAUUGCGCCCAUGCGAAAAAUAAAAGUUUAGUAUUUGCUUAUAUACGUCUACCUCUAGGUCUAUUUGGCAUUUGCCUCUGCCGAUGACAUAGUACUUGUAACUGUCCUAUUAAUAGGACUCAUGUCACAACGCCCCCCUUUUCUCUUGGCAUUGUAUGCAGCAAAAUAGGGCUGAGCUGCAGGGAUUUUGAUUCGCUGGCUCGGACAUGUUCCCCAUA